CUGUCACCCAACGCAGAGUUGAAGAUGUUUUAUAUCUGUACGAAACUUCUCUUCUUGCGAGUUGAGGACACACUCGAAUAAAUAUAUGCUCAGUGAACUAUCGAGUUCAUUAUCGAAGUUCAUUACUCACUUGCACUCCCCAAGCUCCAGAUUAUCAUGGAUCCAGCCGCCAACACCGAGGUCGACGUCGCAGCCUACCCCACAGCACAGAAACUUGUCACAACGUGCAAGCAGUUCUUCAGUGAGAUAGAUAACCUCACGCCAGGGAAAGAUCUCGAAGAAAGACUCAAUAAAGAAUACGGUCCUGGUAACCCUCUUUACGACACAAUGUGCGCCUGUGUUCGCACCGGCCUCAAAGAAGGAUGGGUUGCGACAACACAACUUGACGGCCCCAAAUACCGCCGUUCAAAGGUUCUCCUCCCGAGUGCAGAGACCGGGUAUUUCAGCAUCACGACAGUAUACAUGGACUCCCAAGAAGAGUAUUCUGGACAGUAUCAUGUGCAUCCUUAUGGCGAGAUCAAUUGUGUUGUGCAACUUGAUGAGGGAUCAGAGUUGAAAGGUAUGCAAGGGUGGCAGGGAGCUGGUUGGACAAGUCCUGGAGCUGGCACGCAUCAUUACCCUCAGGUUAGAGGAGGUGCUUUGGUCGCCUUGUUCUUUUUGCCUGCGGGGAGAAUUGGUUAUGAUAAGAAGCCAGGGGAACCCCAGCCGCUGUGUGUUUAGACAGAUACGAAAGGGACAUGGUGAUCAUACCGGUGACGAUUGUACGUCAAUCAUGAUUAAAU